CUGAUAUACUUACUUUACUCUUUGAUGUAUUGAUUGAUUUUUCUUUUAAAGAAUACUUGCAUAUAUCAAAUAAAAUCAAUAUUUGCAGAGUGGUGCAAGUUUAAUUUCGUUACAAACCGUCAAAACAAUGGCAUCAUCUUCAUUGGCGGAUGUGCCUACUGUAGAUAUAGAUCCAUCUGGGGUAUUUAAAUAUAUCCUAAUUAAAUUAUAUGAUACAAAACAAAGUGAAGACGACUUUGUAUAUAUUGUUCGCGGGUACUACAGAUGCAAUUACCAUUCAGACGUAUAUGAUGAGGUACAAGAAAAACUGCAUCCAUUAGAUUGUGAAACAGUGGGUGGAGGUAGAAUAUCACAUGAGCCAAGUAUUAAGAAGAUUCACAUCUAUGGUUAUUCACAAGGCUAUGGCAAAGCAGACCAUGAAAUAACAGCCAAACUUAUCAAAGCUGCAUUCCCUGACUAUAAAAUCACAAUUAGUGAUGAGGGAUAUUAAAUGCAGUCAUAUUGUAAUAUAUUAUUAAAUUUAAUGUUUAAGCUUUUAUGUUCUAUUUAAUGUAUAUUCAUCGAUGUAUUAUAAAUGUGCAGUUAAUGGAAUUCUUAGAUAUAACUGUUAUGAGUAACAUGUAUACUAUAACAGCUAAU